AUGGAUCAAGCCGAGGCUUCUCAGCCGCGGAGGCAAACUGAUGACUAUGAUGAACAGGAGGCCAAGCUGAAGGGUGUCCGGGAGGUGGUGCUCGCCAAGCUUGGGAUGGAUGAUGAUGACUCGAUUGCCAGUACUAUUGAAGUCAACAAGUCAGUGGGAAUCCACACGGACACGGACGAAGCGCUUCUUAAAGAUGUCCGAAUUUCUGUACUAUCCUCUCUUGGCUUUGAUGACGACCCAAAGGCAACCAUAGGAGAUACAGAAACUGUGCAAAAUGACACAGACACGGAUGAAGCGCUUCUUAAAGAUGUCAGAUUGUCCAUACUAUCCUCUCUUGGUUUUGAUGAUGACCCAAAGGCAACCAUAGAAGCUGCCGGUACGGAAACUGUACGAGUUGACACGGAUUGGACCGUUGCUCCCAAGGACGAGGAAGCUCCAUCUGUCCAACGUACCUCUGAGGAUAGUUCCAUCCCGCGAACUGACGAUUGUGCGAAAGUGGUCGAUAAGGAAAAGGAAAUCCUCGAAAUCGGCACAGCUGUCCCAGAAAACAAUGUCAACAGAGACCCACUCAAUGGCAGUGUGAAUUCUGAAGGGCUUCCCCUACCUCCUGGUGAAACCCUUCAACGUGCUGUGUUGGCAAGAACUCUGGCUACUCCUGGUGCCUAUGCCAUGCCUGGGGUGUAUCAUCCUCCGGGUGAUAGUGGUGCACAGCAGGGCAAUGAAAGAGAUCGCGAAACAGAAACUGAAGAAGCUACCUCGUCACCAACGCAGACGGAUCACCAUCAGGAAGGAACAGAGGGCUUAGUGGUCGCUAAUAUGGUCACGGAUGCAAGUGGCCCCACUCUUGAUCAAGCAGAAGAAGUGACCUCUGAAGAAUUACAAAGGAACAAGAGGCAUUCAUCAGUUGCACGGCCACUGAUGAGGUUCUUGGCUGCUGGGUUUGUGGGAAUUGCUGUGUUAGUGGUGGCUCUGGUUCUCAUACUCCGUAAUGACAGUGAGGAAGGUGGAUAUAGCAAUGGCCAUAGCAAGGAGUCCGCCCCUUUCCCUCAAAAUGAGACUCUGCCUCCGCUUCCAAUGACAGCAGAAGAGCUUGUCUUGUCUCUACUGCCUAACUCUACUGUAUUGGAACUAUCUGAUGAGCAGUCUCCUCAGAAGAGAGCAUUCAAUUGGAUCAUCCAAGAUCCACUCUUUGACAACUACACAGAUCACCGCAUCCUUCAGCGCUAUGGCCUUGCUACAUUUUACUAUGCAACUGGAGGGGGGACCAAGACUAACUGGUACACCGAUGUUCAUUGGCUCUCUUAUGACCAUCACGAAUGUGACUGGGAGGUGGAAAACAUUGACUGGUGCCACAGCUAUGUGAUCAAUGACAAUGAGAGCAAACCAGUUGGACCUUGUGAUUACAAUAUUGAUGAGCCAUUCAUUAGUGCCACUCCUCAGCAAAUGGAGGAAGGGGGUAUCUUUCAACAUCUUUGGUUGUUUAAUCACGAGCUUGGGGGGUACAUACCAGAAGAGCUUACCCUUGUUUCCACCCUGAAGAGUCUUGCUCUCUUGAAGAGCCAAAUCAAAGGUUCGAUCCCAUCCCACCUGGGCAGGCUUUCAGAUUUGGAAGCCCUAUUCUUGUACAGCAAUGACUUGUCUGGGACGCUCCCAACUGAGCUUGGGAUGCUUCCAAAUAUCAUGCACAUUUGGUCAAUGGCCAACCCAGGGUUGACUGGGUCCUUCCAAGUGAGAUUGCUCAGUGUCAACUUUGAAAAGUUCUUGACAGACAGUUGCAACCUGACGGACAGAUCCCUUCGGAACUGGGCCUAA